AUGAUCACGAUGUUGAGGACGAUGACAACGCCGAUGACUGACGAUGACGAUGAAGAUGACGAUGAGUUUGGUGACGAUGAAGAUGACGAUGACGAUGUCGAGGACGAUGAUAAUGAUGAAGAUGAGGAUGAUGAUAAUGAAGAUGACGAUGACGAUGACGACGUCGAUCACCAUGAUGAAAAUAACGAUGACAACGUUGAUGACGAUGACGAUGACGAUGUUGAUGGUGGUGACGAUGAAGAUGACGAUGUCGAGGACGACGACAAUGACGAUGACGAUGACGCUGAUGAUGACGAUGGCGAUGAUGAUGAUGACGAUGAUAACGUUGAUGACGAUGACUAUGACGAUGAUAAUGAUGACGAUGAGGAUGAUGAUAAUGAAUAUGAUGAAGAUGACGAUGAGGAUGACGACGUCGUUGUCGAUGAUGAUUACGAUGUCGAAGUCGAUGACGAUGAUGAUGACUAUGAUAAUGAUGAUGACGAUGAUGAUGACGAUGACGAAGUCGAGGAUGAUUACAAUGACGAUGACGAUGACGGUUAUGAUGACGAGGUCGAGGACGAUGACGAUUUCGAAGUCGAUGACGAUGAUGAUGAUGAUGACGUUCACGAUAACAAUAUUAAUGAUGACGAUAAGGAUGAUGAUAAUGACGAUGACGAUGAUAAUGAUGACGAUGACGAUGACGAUGUUAAUGAUGACGAUGAGUAUGAUGAUAAUGAAUAUGAUGAAGAUGACGAAGACGGUGACGAUGACGAUAUCGAUGUCGAUGUCAAUGAUGAUGAUGAUGAUUAUGAUGAUGUUAACGACGAUAAUGAUGACGAUUAG